AUGAAAACCACCGUGCUGACUUUAGCUAUUCAGGCGCCGGGGCCCACCUUUGCCAAGAUGAAAGGAACGGAGAAAGAACUGAUUAAUGAGUUUGAUGUUGCUGAAUGGGCCAAGGAUAAGCGGGAAGCCUCGCAAAGUAUUGUCAGAAAAUGGGGAGGCAAGGAAGAAGUCUUUGACUGGGUGGCUUGGGGACAUCUCCGCUGGGGUACGGGAAGAGCUUGGUCGACUCUACUUUCGGUUGGGAAAGCCAGGCGAUACGUCUGGACACCGUAUGAUGAUACUUAUAUUACCUGGAUCAAAACUUACAAGGUGCUGGAAGGCAGCUGA